AUAAAAAUGACUGAAUAGUGAAGCAGCAGCAAAACCCUACAAGACAAAGGCACGAGCUUCAGAUUCCGAUACACUCUUUCUCUUCAUCGGAGCCGAAACCCUUCGCCACCGAAAAUGCCUCCCAAAGCUGCCAAAUCGAAGGAAGCUCCAGCGGAACGACCCAUCAUGGGUCGAUUCUCUUCUCACCUCAAGAUUGGCAUUGUGGGCUUGCCAAAUGUUGGAAAGUCUACACUUUUUAAUACUCUUACCAAGAUGGCAAUACCUGCUGAGAACUUCCCCUUUUGCACCAUUGAGCCUAAUGAGGCACGAGUCAAUGUCCCUGACGAGCGUUUUGAGUGGCUUUGCCAAUUAUACAAGCCAAAAAGUGAGGUCUCUGCUUUCUUAGAAAUCCAUGACAUAGCUGGAUUGGUCCGAGGUGCUCAUGAAGGACAAGGGUUGGGCAAUAGUUUUUUGUCUCACAUCCGUGCUGUAGAUGGCAUUUUUCAUGUUUUACGUGCAUUUGAGGAUCCCGAUAUUAUCCAUGUGGAUGAUACCAUUGACCCAGUGAGGGAUUUAGAGGUUAUUACUGAAGAAUUACGGCUGAAGGAUGUUGAAUUCAUGGAAAGAAAGAUAGAAGAUAUUGAGAAGAGCAUGAAAAGGAGCAAUGACAAGCAGUUGAAAAUUGAGCUUGAAUGUUGUCAAAGGGUCAAGGCAUUGCUUGAGGAAGGAAAAGAUGUACGCCUCGGGGAUUGGAAAGCUGCUGAUAUUGAGAUUUUAAAUUCCUUUCAGUUGCUAACUGCCAAGCCUGUUGUAUACCUGGUUAAUAUGACUGAAAAAGAUUACCAAAGAAAAAAGAACAAGUUUCUUCCCAAAAUUCAUGCAUGGGUCCAGGAGCACGGUGGUGAGCAAAUUAUUCCUUUCAGCUGUGCCUUAGAGAGGAAUCUUGCAGAUAUGCCUCCGGAUGAGGCAGCUAAGUAUUGUGAGGAGAACAAUGUUCAAAGUGCUCUUCCCAAAAUAAUAAAGACUGGAUUUUCAGCUAUUAAUCUCAUUUACUUCUUCACAGCAGGACCUGAUGAGGUUAAGUGUUGGCAAAUUAGACGCCAAACGAAGGCUCCUCAAGCUGCAGGGGCUAUCCAUACUGAUUUUGAAAAAGGAUUUAUUUGUGCUGAGGUGAUGAAAUUUGAUGAUCUAAAGGAACUUGGUAGUGAGUCAGCUGUAAAGGCUGGUGGAAAGUAUAAACAGGAGGGGAAAACCUAUGUGGUUCAAGAUGGGGACAUUAUAUUUUUCAAGUUUAACGUUUCUGGUGGGGGAAAGAAGUGAUUUGCAUGGAGUAUGUGUUUCAUGAUAAGCACGCCUAGGCAAUUUGUAAAAGCUUGAAAAUGUAAUUUUUGGACCAUUUUCAUAAUUAUUUACUUAUUCAGGUUACACUACAUCUUAUAGCGGUUGAGUAUAAAAUGUUGGUGAGUUGAUACUUAUUUGAGUUACCUGCAUGCUGGAUCAAUCAAUUUAAUGUUGGAUAAUGUAACUUUUAUGUGAGCUAGAAAUUUUGCGGUUAACUACUUAUUGGUAGAUUUACAUAUCUUUGGCAAUGCAUUCAGUGUAAAGAACUA